AGAUAAAAUGCCAGGUCUCCUCUGUAACUGGGGAUAGCCAGGCUGCCUUAUAAUGGGAACCAGUAUUUGCUGGAGUUGUGAGCAGUAACACCCAUUUCCGACCCCGGGAAAACACAAGCCUGCAUCUUUUUUUUUUUUUCUUUGUAUCUGUUGCUCUGUUGUGGUCUGGGCUCUUUGUUGUCCAUCUUCAUGUGGAGUCAGAGGCUGCUGGCGGGCUCUGUCACUCCCCGGUCUCUUCCAUCCUUCUUCCCUGGAGCAGGUUGAUCGUUCUCUUGUUUUUUGUGCUGAAGAGCUGCUCUUUGGAAUCUCGCUCCUCCAUGUACGAUAACUUGUACCUACAUGGCUUUGAUGACUCGGAGGCGGGCUCAGCUGAUUCCUACACAAGCCGCCCGUCUGACUCGGAUGUGUCCCUGGAGGAGGAGAAAGAAGGCGGCCAGCAGGAGAGGGAGCAGCAGGCCACGGUUCAGCUGGAGAGGGCAAAGAGCAAAGCAGUGGCAUUUGCUGUGAGAACCAACGUGAGCUACUGCGGUGCGUUGGAUGAGGACGUUCCUGUGGCUGGAACCGCCGUCUCUUUUGAUACCAAGGACUUUCUCCACAUCAAAGAGAAGUACAACAACGACUGGUGGAUCGGGCGCCUGGUGAAAGAGGGCUGCGACAUUGGCUUCAUUCCAAGCCCGCUGAAGCUGGAAAACAUUAAACUUCAGCAGGAACAAAAGAGGGGACGCUUCCAUGGCAGUAAAUCCAGUGGAAACUCCUCCUCCAGUCUGGGAGAUAUGGUGUCAGGCACGUUCAAACCAAACCCAAACUCUGCAGGAAAGCAGAAACAGAAAGUUGCUGAGCACGUCCCUCCAUACGAUGUGGUUCCCUCCAUGAGGCCAGUUGUCCUGGUGGGACCGUCCCUGAAAGGUUAUGAGGUGACAGAUAUGAUGCAGAAAGCUCUGUUCGACUUCCUGAAGCACAGAUUUGAUGGGAGGAUAUCCAUCACCAGAGUAACAGCUGACAUAUCAUUGGCCAAGAGGUCAGUACUUAACAACCCCAGUAAGAGGGCCAUCAUUGAGAGAUCCAACACCCGCUCCAACCUCGCGGAGGUUCAGAGUGAAAUAGAACGGAUCUUUGAGCUGGCCAGGUCCCUCCAGCUGGUGGUGUUGGACGCAGACACUAUUAACCACCCAGCACAGCUUAUUAAGACCUCAUUAGCACCCAUUAUCGUCCAUGUUAAAGUGUCCUCACCCAAGGUUUUACAACGGCUAAUCAAAUCAAGAGGGAAAUCUCAGAGCAAACACUUGAAUGUGCAGCUUGUUGCAGCAGAAAAACUAUCUCAGUGUCCGUCUGAGAUGUUUGAUAUUAUUUUGGAUGAGAACCAGCUGGAAGACGCGUGUGAACACCUGGCAGAGUAUCUAGAGGCGUACUGGCGCGCUACACACACUUCACUGAGCACGCCACUCAACCCUCUGCUGGGACGCAACCUGGGCUCCACUGCUCUCUCCCCAUAUCCUGCUGCCAUACAGGCCCAAAGAAACCGGAACAGCAACCACACAACAACGGAUCAUUCAGCUGUUGAACGACGCAGCCUGAUGCCGGCAGAUGAGAACUAUCAUAAUGAACGGGCACGGAAAAAUCGCAACCGCCUGUCCUCAGGCUCUCAGCACAGCAGGGACCACUCUCCUCUGGUGGAGGAGGACUACCAGGACCCCUACCAGGACUCGUACAAGCCUCACCGUAACCGAGGAUCCCCGGGAGGCUACACUCAAGACUCCAGGCACCAACUCUGAGCUGGGGCCUGCUGUUAACAAAGUGUUUGAGUUUAUUUCUCUGAUCAUCCACCAUGAACACAGCAUUAGCAGCUCCAAUAGGAUAAAUCUACUACACUCAUGUGGACUGUGACAAGCUCUUCUAUCUGUGUAGUACCUCAUAAGCCCUAUGGCCUUGGCUCCUGGCAGAUGGACAUUUAAAAGAACCCUUCCUCUGCUUUGAUGUGAUCGAUAUGGAUAUGAAAGUAGCACAUGGACAGAAAAUUGUUUCAAAGGGAAGCUGAAACUGAUUUUUAAAAGUCCCUGAAACGGAUCGUGAGUGAAUUAAAAAGUGGAAGGGAGGAUCUGCUGGAUCGUUUCUGCUAUCUUAGAUAUUACUGUAGCAUGUAGGUAGGACUUCGACAGGUCAGCUCCUGAUUCAAACUGGGAACAGUCAUGAUCCUGAUGUGGUGAUCAACACAGUACUUGUUUGAAUGCAUCCAGGAGCUGAUAGAAGCAAAAUAUAAUGCAUCUUUAAUAUUGUUUAGGUUUGCGUGCUACUGUCUGCAGUGAGAGCAUAAUAAAUGCUGUGAAAGAUUGUUCCCAAAUUAAGAAUAUUCAUUUAAUUAUCUAAGUCAUUUGUCAUAUAUCCUCUUCCAGGUUUAAGCUUUGGCUUUCUGUGUCCCUUCUUUGUUCUCUCAAAAAACAUUUUUUCUAUUAAUUGUACCAGUAGUCUGCAGAUCUUAAGAGAUUUAAAAGCUCCAAACCUCAGGAACGAGAGGUCAUUAUGGCCUAGAAGUGUAGCGUUUAUGUUCAUAUGAGAAUUUGACUCUGUUAUGUUAAAUUGUUAAUACUUGGUUAUUAUAGAAAAAUUAAAAUAACAGUCACUUAAAGCAUGUUUUUCACAUGCCAUGUAUUUCUUACCUGUUGUUUUCAAUCAUGAAUGCAAUGGAGCAUCCUUUAAAAUUGAUAGAAUUGCAUUUUAGUGGAUGACAUGUAUUGAGGGCUUCCAUAUGUAAAUAUUGUCAAAAAUAAUUUAAGGAAAGAGAGCUUAAUAUAUGUAAAGUUACAAUGACAGUUAAUCAAAAUACAUUCCAUAUAUUUAUUUCAGACUCUUGUAUACCUUUAAUAAAAAUAGAUAAUUUCUCUUCAUUAUUAAAGGUUUUAUAAAACAAACAAAUACUGAAACACCUUCAUAGAGAAGCAACCGAUUUCCAUAUUCAAAAUUUUGAGCUUGAGCCUUUUCAUUUAGUUUCAUAUGAGAUGAAUGGGAAACUGUCUAAAAAUACUUGCCUAUGUUGCAGUCUUUUACAUGCAGGUGUCAUGGAAAUGUACACUGCCAGUUAGUACAGGAGUAAUAUGAUAUGACCUUUUGUCAAGAUAUUCUUGUAUCUUGAAAUUUACUGUACAAUGAUUUUCAUACCCAGACCAGUUUCAGCUUGCAGUGAUUCUGAAACAGGAAGAUCAACUAGGUCCUCCUUCUUCUGCUCCUUUUUUUCCCCAAUAGUAGAAGAGCUUUAUUUAUUAUUUUUUUUCUUUUUCAAAACGGUGGAGCAUAAAUUCUAAACUAUAGAUGAGAAUACUGCCUGUGAGAGAAUGAUGUGUUGAUUAGAAGUUUUGUGCACUGUCAUUUUACUACUCUAUAGAAAUAAAUUACUCUUAUGCUGUG